GAUAGGUAAGUUGGUGGCGUCCGCGGAGGUCAGUGUCGGUCGAACUACCCCGUACCACCCCAACCUCGUCGUAUUAGGAGAUUCCGCCACGUGUCGAAGACCGCGGUCGGCGCAGCUUUGGCGUUCGAGCCACCGACACGAAGUUCGCUGUUGCACCCGUCAACCGCGCUACCCUGGCGGCACGCCUCCGCCGGCGGUCUCUAAAGAAAGCAAAACCCGUGAAAAGAAUCACUAGAAGGUACAACGGCUGGCCGAUUCGUGCGCCCCCAAUCACCGCCACCGCGUCCGUUCCGCAUCUCUCUCUUUGUGCUCCGCAAUACCCUUGAAUUGCGGCCGGUGGGUGCCCUUCUCUGCCUUUCCCAUGAUUAGAUGAAUAGGGUGGAAGAUGGAGUUGCUUGUGAGAUGUGACUAAGGCCCAGGCUGUGAGGUAGCUGCUGUAAAUGGGCUGUUUUCAGUCGAAGGGUCGAAGGCAUUUCCCAGGAUAUGAGGAUCCUGUGCUUCUUGCUUCUCAGACUGCUUUCACCGUCAGUGAAGUUGAAGCACUGUUUGAAUUGUUCAAGAGCAUUAGCAGUUCAGUGAUUGAUGACGGGUUGAUCAACAAGGAAGAAUUUCAGCUUGCACUAUUCAAGUGUAGAAAAAAGGAAAAUCUCUUUGCAAACAGGAUCUUUGAUCUAUUUGAUGUCAAACAAAAGGGAGUUAUUGAUUUUGCGGAUUUUGUUCGAGCUCUCAGUGUCUUUCAUCCAAAUGCUCCACAAGAAGACAAAGUAGAUUUUUCCUUUAAGAUUUAUGAUCUGGAGGGUACAGGCUUUAUUGAACGGAAAGAGGUCAAGCAGAUGUUGACUGCUCUGCUAUCUGAAUCAGAAAUGAGAUUGUCUGAUGAAACCAUGGAGAUAAUCCUAGAUAAGACAUUUCAAGAAGCUGAUGCUAAUCAGGAUGGAAGAAUAGAUAAAACAGAAUGGGGAAAUUUUGUUUCUCACAAUCCAUCAUUGAUGAAGAUUAUGACCCUUCCAUAUCUUAGGGACAUAACAACAACAUUUCCAAGUUUUGUAUUUAACUCAAAAGUUGACGACAUUGCUUCAUGAGAAUGGAGCAAACUGUCAGCUCGCAUCGGCAGUGAGAUUGCAAUGCUAUUAAAGAUGCCCUGAAUGGACAUUUGAUAGUCGGUGUCAAAGUGUCAUUUUUCAUAUAAAAUGAUCUGCCCAAGUUAUGUGUUCUGGAAUUCCAUCAUGGUACCUGACCAGAGAGCCAAUGUAUCUGUUCUCAGUAAUCUUGCCUUGCCAUUUACUUCAUUUAGGAGUGCCUUCAAAGCAGAAGCAGGGUCUUGCAAGGAUCUCAUGUGUUUCUGAAUUUGAAGAACAUGGUAUCAAAUUAAGUGUCAUCUGCCAUUCUGAUAUAGUGAAAUAAGUAGUUACUAAUCUGAUCACUCAUUGCUAUAGAUGGAAUCCAUGAUUUACCAUCUUCCUCAGUGCAGUGAAUACAGAUGUAAAAGAUAUCUCAUGAAAUUUGUGUAACUUUGGUCUUAUGACUAAAGAACUGACUUACCAUCAGUUUUAGUAAAAAUAAUGUACCUCAUUGUAAAGUGUUUUUGUGUUAAUCCUUAAAUGUAAUUGUAGUA